GUGUGCUGAUGUAUGUUUAGCCUCUCUUUCCUGAGUCAGGCACUGAGGGCCGUUCAUCUGGGGAACAUGUUCAGCCUGAUUAAACUACGGCGUGUCUUCACUGUCCACCAAGUGCCCAAAGCAUUUCACGAGGACAGUAUCAUCUCUGGAUAUCGGCACCCUCGUAGUUCAGCCACAGACUGUGUGUUGAGUCUCUUUCAGCUCACCAACGAGACCCUCAAUGUCUGGACACACUUUCUACCAACCUGGUAUUUUCUAUGGAAGUUGAUGACGGUGUUGUUGAUGGAGGAUGCGCUGUAUGAUGCAUUCACAUGGCCUCUGCUGGUCUUCUUGUUCUCCUGCUGUGUGUAUCCAUUGGCCUCCAGCUGCGCCCACACCUUCAGCACCAUGUCUACUUGCGCUCGCCAUAUCUGUUACUUCUUUGACUAUGGAGCACUCAGUCUGUACAGCCUCGGUUCAGCGAUCAGCUACUCUGCAUAUGUUUUUCCUGAUGCAUGGGUGAACAGCACUUUUCAUGCAUACUACAUCCCUGUAGCUGUACUAAACACCAUCCUCUCAACCAGCCUGUCCUGCUACUCGAGAUUCUCUGAGAGACAGAGCCCACGGCUGAGUAAGGUGUUGCGAAUUCUUGCCUUUGCCUACCCUUACCUGUUUGACAACAUUCCUCUCUUCUACAGGUUAUUUCUGUGUGUAGGUGAGGGUUGCACUGAUAAUGAAGCAAACUCCAUUCAUGUUCACCAUACUCUGUUUGCUUUUCUCACCGGCUUCCUGUUUGCAACACACUUGCCUGAGAGACUGGCACCUGGACGCUUUGAUUACAUAGGCCACAGCCAUCAACUGUUUCACGUGUGUGCAAUAAUUGGGACACAUUUCCAAAUGAAGGCCAUCGAAUCUGACAUGGUGCUGAGACAGUCACAGCUGCUGGUCACUGCUCCUCCUAUCACAUUUAAUAAUACAGUUGGAUCAUCUUUGGUCUGUGUCUGCAUCAGUCUGGGGAUCAUAUGUCUUUAUAGUCUACCUCUGCUGUACGGCUCCUCAGAAACACACCCAGCAUCAGCUAAAGGAAAGAAAUGCAAGCACUAA